AAAAAAAGCCCAGCCAGCAUAUAUAUAAAUACAGAGCUAAAGAUGCAUCGUUGCUUUCUGCGGAGUGGCGCCCUUUAUGGAUUAUAAUCUGGCCAAUCAAAUCCUGCCUGGCAACAAACGACUGAGGAUCAAAAGGAACCUUACAUUUUAGACAAACAUUCUAUAGCCCCAGUAUUAGGAAACAUGGUAGGACUUAAACCCUCAGAUGUUCCCCCUCCACUCGGGGUGAAGAUGGCGAGUGCUGGUGCUGCAGCCUGUGUAGCAGACCUUGUCACAUUCCCUCUGGACACAGCUAAAGUCAGACUACAGAUUCAGGGAGAGAAACAGGGAGUGGCAGGCAUCCGCUACAGAGGGGUGUUUGGCACAAUCAGCACCAUGAUCCGAACGGAGGGGCCCCGGUCUCUGUACAACGGGCUGGUGGCAGGGCUGCAGAGACAAGUGUGCUUUGCCUCCAUCAGGAUCGGCCUCUACGACAAUGUCAAAAGUUUCUACACUGGGGGCACAGACAACCCUAGUGUGCUGAUCCGUAUCCUGGCUGGCUGCACCACAGGCGCCAUGGCAGUGUCUUUUGCACAACCCACUGAUGUGGUAAAGGUUCGAUUUCAAGCCCAGAUGAACCUGGACGGCGUUGCCCGUCGCUACAGUGGCACCAUGCAGGCCUACAAACACAUCUUCCAGAAUGAGGGUUUACGUGGACUCUGGAAAGGCACAUUACCCAACAUCACAAGAAAUGCACUGGUCAACUGCACAGAGCUGGUGACAUACGACCUGAUCAAAGAGGCCAUCCUCAGACACAAUCUGAUGUCAGACAAUCUGCCCUGCCACUUUGUAUCUGCGUUUGGUGCUGGCUUUGUCACCACCGUGAUUGCUUCCCCAGUAGAUGUGGUGAAAACUAGAUACAUGAACUCACCACCGGGCCAGUACAGGAGCGCGAUCAACUGUGCCUGGACCAUGAUGACGAAAGAGGGGCCGACGGCUUUCUACAAAGGGUUUAUUCCCUCAUUUCUGAGGCUGGGAUCGUGGAACGUUGUGAUGUUUGUCUCAUUCGAACAAAUCAAGAGAGCCAUGAUGGUGACAAAGAAGAGGAUUGAGGACAGAAACUGAGAUGCCCGUUUCAAAGUGGGACUGAAAAAUCUGAAAAACUACUGGGUUGGAACCUCGAUACGAUAAUAUCAAUUUUAGUUUUGUUCUUUUUGUCCUGUGGUGACAAAGAAGGAAAUCCUUUGUUGAAAAAGGGAUAUCAGAGUGGAGUGCAGUGUGUACUUGACUCUAUGUUGAACUGAUGAAGAAAUGCAGUUCUAUCUUUAUAUUUAUCAUUUUUCAUAAAUGAACCUAUUUGAAAUUUAAUGGGAGUGAAUGUUGCCAACACCAGGUUGUGAUAGCCCUCCUUUGGGAAGUUGAGUUUGCACUUUAAGAUCUGUAAAUCUGCAAAGUAUGGACUGUUUCACUUGUAUUGCCAGGCAACAGCUUGGGUCCACGUUUACUUCCUGUCAGCGUAUGUCAUUCACAUAUCCUGCAAAUAUAACAGAAAUACAAAAGGACCCAUUUAAAAUAUUAUGAGACGUCUGAAACAGUCCGUACAUUUUUGGCAGCUUACAGCAGUGCACCGUUCCAUAACACUGGUGCCAAUAAUAAAAAAUACUGGUGCUUGCUAAUGAACUUGUGCGAUCACUUCCACCACACGAAACACAUUUCAAAACAUUAAAAUGUGUAUUUAUUAA